ACGGCGCCCGCCCCGCCCCGCCCCGCCCCGCUGGCCCUUUUAAUGGCGCGGACUCCGGGGCGGCCCCGCGCAGCGGACGAACCCAGCCCCCGAUGUCGGCGCCCCGAGCCUCCAACGACCGGCCCCUGGGCGCGGGCGGCGUCAAGCGGGGUCGGCUGCAGCAGGAGGCGGCGGCCAGCGGCGCCCGCGUGACCGUGGUGCUGGGCGCGCAGUGGGGGGACGAGGGCAAAGGCAAAGUGGUGGACCUGCUGGCCACGGACGCAGACAUCGUCAGCCGCUGCCAGGGCGGGAACAAUGCUGGCCACACCGUGGUGGUGGACGGCAAGGAGUACGACUUCCACCUGCUGCCCAGCGGCAUCAUCAACCCCAAGGCUGUGUCAUUCAUUGGCAAUGGGGUGGUGGUCCACCUCCCAGACCUGUUCGAGGAAGCAGAGAAGAAUGAGAAGAAAGGCCUGAAGGACUGGGAGAGGAGACUGAUCAUCUCAGACCGGGCCCACCUCGUGUUUGAUUUUCACCAGGCGGUGGACGGUCUACAGGAAGUACAGCGCCAGGCACAGGAGGGCAAGAACAUUGGCACCACCAAGAAAGGCAUCGGCCCCACAUACUCCUCCAAGGCAGCCCGGACCGGCCUGCGCAUCUGUGACCUCCUGGCAGACUUUGAAGAGUUUUCUAGCAGGUUCAAGAACCUGGCAGCCCAGCACCAGUCCAUGUUCCCAACCCUGGAAAUAGAUGUGGAAGGCCAGCUGAGACGGCUCAAGGGCUUGGCUGAGCGUGUCCGCCCCAUGGUCCGUGAUGGGGUCUACUUCAUGUAUGAGGCCCUCCACGGGCCCCCCAAGAAGAUCCUGGUGGAAGGCGCCAACGCGGCUCUGCUGGACAUCGAUUUUGGGACCUACCCCUUCGUGACCUCCUCCAACUGCACGGUGGGCGGUGUGUGCACUGGUCUGGGCAUCCCACCCCAGAACAUCGGUGAUGUGUAUGGCGUGGUCAAAGCCUACACCACCCGGGUGGGCAUCGGGGCUUUCCCCACCGAGCAGACUAACGAGACCGGGGAAUUGCUGCAGACCCGCGGCCACGAGUGGGGGGUGACCACGGGCAGGAAGAGGCGCUGUGGCUGGCUGGACCUCAUGAUCCUGAGAUACGCCCACAUGGUCAACGGGUUCACUGCGCUGGCCUUGACCAAACUGGACAUCCUGGACACCCUAGGCGAGAUCAAAGUUGGUGUUGCCUACAAGCUCAACGGGAAGAGGAUCCCAUACUUCCCAGCCAACCAGGAGACACUUCAAAAGGUGGAGGUUGAAUAUGAGACGCUGCCAGGCUGGAAGACAGACACCACAGGGGCCAGGAAAUGGGAGGACCUGCCCCCCCAGGCCCAGAACUAUGUGCGCUUCGUGGAGAACCAUGUGGGAGUGGCAGUCAAGUGGGUCGGCGUUGGCAAGUCCCGGGAGUCCAUAAUCCAGCUGUUCUAGCUAAGCCUGCAUCAGAGCCCCGAGGCCAGCCCUGUGCCCCCCGGGGGCCCCGAGGCCAGCUGCAGCCAUGGGCGCCUGGGUGCUGGGCCCAA